UAAGAUGAAUAAAAUUUGCAUAAGACUUCCAGAUGGUAACAUUCACGUUAUUGAGACCUAAAAGACGAGCUUAAGAAAUUGUUUUUUGAGUACUAACCAUAUCGAUUUAUAUAGGUUUUGGUCAUCAUCUACCGCCAUAUGAAGUUUCUUUAUUAUUAAACGAAAAUACCAAUACAUUGGUUGGCAAGAAUGAAGAGUAUUUUAUGUAUUGUUAUGAUUAGGCUAAAAGCCGAUGUGCCAUACAAAAUAAUAGAUGGGAGAGAAUUGAUAAAAUGUUAUAACACAUUAAAGGAUCGGAACACUAAAAAUGAUAAACUAAUAUUGGAAUUUUAAUAGUAACUCGAAGUUCUCCAAUAAAAAUUAAAUGAUUAAUAGCUAGCAAUUUCUAAGGAGGAGAAAUAAAAGUUUGAAGAUUUCUAAAAUAAAUAUUUGCAAUUGGAGUUUCAGUUUAAUAAUUAGAUAGAAAAGAAUUAAAAAUUAUAACAAGAAUACGAUUACACAAAGCAGUAAUAACAGGUUUAAAAAUAGGAAUUAGAAAAACUUUAGAAUUAAUUUGAAAAUGAUAAAAAAUAGAUAGAAAAAGUAAAAAAAAAAUAUCAACAAUAUAAAGUAUAGAUGAAAGAAACAAUGGAAGAGAAAAGUAAAUAUGAGUCGAAAAUUACCGCUUUGGAAAAAGAUGUCUAAUAUAUAUCAUUAAAAAUAACAGAGAGAGAAAGUCAAAUAAAAAAGUUAGAAGAUGAGUUAACUAAAGAAAAAGAAGAAAAUAAAACGCUUGUUUAAUAGUUAUUAAACAAAGAAGCUGAAAGAUUGAAAGAGGCUGAGGCAAGACAUUAACUUUAUGUUUAGCAGAAUUAAGCUCAGUUUAUGAGAUCAACAGGCAGCCUUGUUGCAAUGUAAUAAAUUUAAGAUAAUUUGAAUUAAGAUAUUCAAAUUCAGUAGGAUUUAUUAAAUUCAGAUUAGAGGAUUAAAUCUUAUGAAGAUCAGGUUGAAUAACUAAGGAAGUAAAUCAGUAAUUAGGAUGAUACAAUCUAAAAAGCAAAUCAAGACUCAAAAAAAUUAAAAUAACAAAAAGAAGAGUUAGAAUUAAAAAUAUUAUAAAUGGAAAAAGAAAUUAGUGAAUAGGAAAUUAGGUUAAAGAAUUUAAACAAAUUGAUAGAUGCAGAGGAUUCUGAAUUUAUCAAAAUGUAAGGGAAGGUUGAAUAAGUUGAAGCUGACCUUUACAAUAAUUAUAAAUAUCGUUUGAUGAGAAUAGUCGAACUGAUACCAAGAACUUAUAGAGACCAAGUCGAGUUUGCUGUGGAAGAAUUAUUUGAUAAGAAACUUUAUUUAAACAAAGGUCAGGUUACAAAUUAAACUUAUAAAUUUUACUUGUUGGAUUAUGCUAAAGUUAAAGAUAUAAUUUUUAAAGAAAAUAAUCUGGAUAUUAAACAAUCAAUUAUUACAUCAUAUAAAUUCAAUAUUCAUGGGUAGUUAACUUCAAAGAAAAUAGUAGCUGAUUAACAAAUUCAAGAUAAAUCUGAGUUAGUUGAUUCACUUUAAUUGUAUUAUGCUACAUCGAUUGACCAUCUAAGUGGGGAAUUGACCAAAAUUAAAAGCGAGAAGAGUGAUAAAAUAUAUAUUAUUAAGGAGACAUAUAUAACUUAAUCAAAGGAGAACUUAGGUUCCUAUGAAUAUGCUCUAGAUUAAUUGAGUCGAUCUAUUGCGGCAUAGAUUAUCCUAAAUUAAUUUGUGGAAGAUUUAAAACAAAAGAAUAUAAAUGUUCCUUUUCAAUUUUCGUUUGCACAACCUGCACUAUUUUCAAAUUCAACCCACUUUAAACAAUACUUUAUAGAAUUGACUAAAAAAUAACCCUAAGAAUAAUAGCCAAAAGCUUUUUCUUUAAUUAAGUAGUUUUUGGAAUAGUUAACGGAUGAUAAUUCAAACGAGUUUUAUUCUUCGCUCAGAGAGUAUUAACUUUAAAAAAAGACAGUUUAAGGGUAAGGAACAUAACAAGCAUCUGAAUUGGACAUGUAAGAUCAAAUAGAUUUUCUUUAAAAUUUUAAUAACAUAUUGCCUAAUUAGAAUUGUGAAGAUAUUAUCAAAAAGUAUAAACAAUUUUCUAAUGAAGAGAAAGUUAAGGCAUUCAAAUAUUUAUUAGAACUGCUAAGCGACACUUGUGAUGAUUUUCCACUAGAAAAGGUAUCUAUUUUUGUGAUAACAAUUAGUACUUCUACGGAUACGAAUUGAAGUUAUCAGAUCUUUAGGAUGCUAAUGUUUUCAGGAAAUACAAUGGAGGAAACAUGAAUUUUGAGGCUUCAGAGGAAGGUAAAUUUUUAUCUGCUCUUUCAUACUAUUCUAUUAAAAAAACCCAUAGUUAAUUCUGUGUAUCUCACAUUCAAGGAAUUGGAAACUAGUUAUAUGAUCCAAUGAUAUCAAGUUAUGACGGUUUCUUGAAUUGCUUAGAUUAAGGAAUAAAUGAGAUAAGAAGAAUUGAAUCAUCAUUUGAAUCAUGUGAUCCUUAAAAUAUCGGUUAUAAAUACAUAAAAGCAUUGGAUAUUACUAUGUAGUGA